AUGCCAGAUGCGAAGGUUGGUGUCCCGAAGCUUGCUUACUGCAUGUUACCCGGCCAUCACAACAGGUCUCCUCAGCGUCCUGCGCGCUGCACCGAUUGGUGGCGAUAUUACCUCGCUCCGUGUCUCGCAAACCAAGUAGGUGCCGUGAAGGGGAUCCGUGAGCUAGAAGCUACAAGUUGUGUCGGCCACUAUGUGACUGCAGACGGGGGCGCGCAAAUAGCCACAGCUAGAAUAUUGACACUUGGGCAGCAGGCGCGUAAUCCACCGGCAAAUUUUCGCGCAGUCAAUUUCGCAGGCCGUACGGAGAGGCGGCCAGUGAGCCGGGGUGUGCAGUUCGUGUUUCCUUUCGUGGAAGUUGCACGCCUUGAUCCGGCGGCGUGGGGAGUGGAAAAGGGUCUGUCUCGCAUCCCCGAGAUGAUCCUCUGGCAAUAA